AUGGCGUGGAGAGUGCAUACUCUGUCUCGAAACACAGGAAGUGACUGGGCGCAUAUUAACGCAAUGUCGUGCUUGCAGAUCACACUUUUUCUAGUAAGCACCACAAUAUGUGUGCAGGCAGAAUUUCGGAACUGCAAAGAAACCCUCGAAACCAUUCCUAUUCUAGACGAAGACACAUUUUUUCAGCAGGAGUACGCCUCAAUAGGUGUGCAUCUAAAAGACAGAAAGAUCCAACUAAAGCUUGCUUCAGAGCGCGAGGCUGCAAGUCUUCUGGACACCAUACUUUACAUGCAAAUGAUGUACAGACUCCGUUUGGGUCUUUCAUCAAUCACACAAAAUCACACAUCCACCAUGAAAACACCAACAGGGCCAUAA